AUGAAAGAUGGGGAUUACUUUAAUAUUUAUAAUGAUUUUUUUAAAGAUGCUUACACAUUUUUAAAUACAAUUAUAGAAACCAAAAAGGAUGGUGGUGAAAUAAGUAGUAGUAGUGAGUCAGGCUCAGAAGAAAAAAAAAAAAAAAAAAAAAAAAAAAAAUAUAUAAAUGAGAGUAGCAUAAGUAAAGUGUGUGAUAAAACUGAGGAAAAUAUAAAAAAGGAAAAUAAAAAAUAUAUAUAUUUUUAUUUAAGCUCAUAUGAUAAAUAUCUAAAUGAUAAUAUCAAUACUCAAUAUAUAAAAAAAAAAAAAUAUAUGAAUCAAAGAUCUAAUAGUAGAAUUAUACAUGGGAUAAAUCCUGAUGAUAGUUAUGAAAAAAAUAAUAACAUUCCAAACAAUAUAAUUAUCAAUGUUCGAAAAUUUAACAAUAAUAGUAGCGCAAGUUUGAGUCUAAAAGAAAAUGGCACAAAGGAAAAUUAUGCAAAAACAAAUUAUGCAAAAGAAAAUGGCAUAAAAACAAAUUACAUAAAAACAAAUGAUGAGGCUGAUAAUUCAAUUAUGAAUCGAGGGUUUCCAAAAAUUUUAAUGUCUUAUGAAAAUGAUUAUAACAUAUGUUUGUCAUAUAAUAUGGGUCCUGGUAUUGUAUGGAAUAAUAUAAAUUUUAUAAAUUAUCAGAUUUCGAAUUAUAAAAAAGGGGGUCAUUUUUUUGGAGAAACGGGUAGUGAUAUUGAUUAUGGAAGCAUGAAAGAAGAAUAUAGCAUAAACAAAAAAGAUGAAAAAGAUGAAAAAGAUGAAAAAUAUAAAAAAGAUGAAAAAUAUAAAAAAGAUGAAAAAGAUGAAAAAGAUGAAAAAAAUAUUUUUAGUUUUUUAUACAAUUGGAUAUUAUCAAACACUAUACAAAAAAGACAAAAAAAUGAAUUGAUUAAUUAUAGACAAAAAAAUGAAAUACAAAUUCAAUAUCGAAAUAAGCAAAGAACAGAUGAUUAUACAAAUAGAAUUAUUGAUUUUUACGAAAAUAAAGAUGAUAUAAUUGAAAAUGGAGAUAAAAAAGAUGGACACAAUUUAUCAUCCAAUUCAUACUAUUUAGAUAGCUAUGAAUAUAAUUACAAUAAUUUAAAUAUUGAUAAAGAUCAUUUUGAAGAAAAUAAAAAAUAUAAAGAAAAAAUUUAUAAAAAAAAUAACUUGAGUUUUAAUACUACAAAAAAAAAAAAAAAAAAUAAAGGAAUAUCAUAUGAACAUUUAUUAACACCCAGCAAAUAUGAAUAUGAUGCUUUUUGUUUAUUUAAUCCUCGUUUUAAACAAGGAAAGCAUCAUACAGUUUUAUGUCUUCAAAGUUAUAAUGUAUCAAUUAUUCCAUUUGUUCAACAUAAAAAAUUAAAAGAAGAAGUGAAUGAAUUAUUUAGUGAAAUAAAUCCAUGGAUACAUAAAUCAUUAACUUUAUCUAAAUUAAGAAAUUUAAAAAUUGAUUUAUUUAAUUUAGUUAAUCAUAUUCCUGAAAUAGAUAUAUCUACUAUUUCAUGUGCUUGGGUUUUUUUUGAAAGAUUAGUAAUAAAAGGAUAUGUUCAUAAAGGAAAUCGAAAAUUAUAUGCAGCUACCUGUCUUAUUUUAUCAUUAAAAUUUUAUCAACAUGAUGAUAUACAUAUUUUAGAAAAAUUACUUAUAUAUAUUCAAAAGUUAGACAAAAAAGAAAAUUUAACUCCUUCACUAAUUUUUUCAGUGGAAUUUACGCUUUACAAAUUACUUGAUUUUUCUCUUCAACAUACAUAUGAGAAUAUACGUCUGCACAUACAUCAGUAUUUAGAAUCUAAGGAGCUCAAGUUUGAGGACGUUUAUGGCACCUCGGAAGACACCUACCUAGCUCAAAUGGAAAAUGAUAAACUUGAUUAA